ACAAUAUACGUUUUAUAAACUUUAUUCAAAUAAAUUUAAAAUGCUUAAUACUGGAAAAUUGGAAGGACGUACAUUAUUUAUUACUGGAGGAAGUCGCGGUAUUGGUAAGGCAAUUGCUUUGAAAGCAGCCAAGGAUGGCGCCAACAUUGUUAUUGCAGCUAAGACUACUGAACCACAUCCUAAACUCCCAGGAACCAUAUACACUACUGCGAAAGAAAUUGAAGAAGCAGGUGGAAAAUGUUUACCUUGUGUUGUUGACGUGAGAAAUGAAAGUCAAAUAAUUGAUGCUGUCAAUAAAGCUGUUGAUUUAUUUGGAGGUAUAGAUAUAGUCAUAAACAAUGCUAGUGCAAUAUCAUUAACUGGAACAUUAGAUACCGACAUGAAGAGAUAUGACUUAAUGCAUAACAUUAAUACAAGAGGAACAUUUCUUGUAUCAAAAAUAUGUUUGCCUCAUUUAAAACAAAGCAAGCACGGUCAUAUUUUAAAUAUUAGUCCUCCGUUGAACAUGAAUCCUAAUUGGUUUAAGGACCACGUUGCAUACACAAUGGCCAAGUAUGGAAUGUCAAUGUGUGUAUUAGGAAUGGCUGCAGAAUUUCAGAAAUAUAACAUUGCCGUAAAUGCUUUAUGGCCUAGAACUGUAAUUCAUACAGCAGCUGUGGAGAUGUUAUCAGGCAUAGAUAAAGCAAAAUCAUAUUCGCGAAAACCUGAUAUAAUGGCUGAUGCAGCUUAUUCGAUCAUUACUAAGCCAUUUGAUCGUUAUAACGGUCAAUUUUUAAUUGACGACGAAGUAUUAGAACAAGAAGGAAUAAAAGAUUUUAAUCAGUAUUUAAGUGAUCCCGCAAACAAUGGUAAUCUUAUGAUGGAUUUUUUUCUGGAAGAAUAUCCUCAUGAUGGUUUUAAUGAAGGUAAAGAAGUGGCUAAAAGACAAGCUCAACAAAAAUUGUAAUUUCUUUAAUAAUUUUUUACAAUUUACCAAUUGUAUCUGUAUAUAAAUAUAAUAUAGUAAAUUAGUAAUAUCACUCAAUAA